CGUUUUGUUAUCAAAAGAUUUACUUGAGUGAAACCUAAUCAAUGUACCAAUUUUCGGUUUGGUUGAUUCAAUUAAAGCAAACUGUUUUGCCUGGCCUACACAAUAUCAACUGAAAUGCAUGUUCCCUUUAGAGCGUGGAAUCUUUUAUUUAAGGAAUGCACUUUCAAAAAAUUUUCAAACGCUCGAAUCAUGAAGAAAAAUAGGGUGCUUGCAUAAUCCCUUUCGGUCUGGAUCCUUUUAAUAUCAUAUGAUGCUUGAAUCAACUCUCUCGUGGAUGUUCCCUUCUCAUAUGAACGAUGAUGUCUCCUCGGAGGAUGUCGGUGAUGUGCUCCACCGACGUUAGACCAAGGAAUCUUUGGCACAUGCAUUCCGCAUUCUAUUUAUGCCACCAUGACUGCACAAGCACAGAUCUUAGCCGCCCGAGCAAAUAGACAAGCGCCUCCAGACCUAUCAUUCGAGCAUCUUUUGGAUAUAUAUUAUGAUCUAGACCGACCAAAGAGGACAUCAUUUCAUGUGUUGCACUAUAUCCACUACCACGGUAUAGUAGCAACACAAGAUUACAUCAACCAUGCUUUUCAUCGAGGGGUUAGAAAGUAUUAUGUGGACUUUAAGAGGGGAUUUGAAGGUGCUGUUGAUGGGUUUAUCCCAACCAUAGAAGGAAAUCUUACAGUCACACCUUUGGUCGCUGAAUUUCCAAUCAUGGAAGGUGAUGAAGAAAUUGGACACGCAUUGUGUCUCACUGGCUAUGGAAACCGAAUUGAGGAAGAUGAACAAGAGUGGGGGUAUGGGAGUUCUUAAACUCCCAUGGUCUGGAGGUUGGAGAUCAUGGGUAUGAGAGGAUCGCCAAGGAUGGAUUGCUCUUUGUGUAUGCAACGACAAUUCGCCAAUGAUGGUAGUCAAUUGCACACCCAGAAAACUAGAGUCAUUGAGCCUCUAUCUUAACAUAUUUAUAAUUUAUAAAAUGUUAGAACUCUUUCAUUUGUGUUCGCAUUUUCACAAAAAAUAUCGAAUAAUGAAAAUUCAUA